CAAUAACAAGAGACGUUCGGUACAAGCCACGAAUAGGCACCAGAAAACUUCCUCCGGAAUCGUUCUGCGUAGAUUGUUAAAAAUGGUCGCCCCGUAGGUGAUCUGUCAAGCAAUCUUGUUCCAUUUUGUAAUUAUUAUGAACCGGUAGAUAAAAGUAUUCCAAAUUUUUAGUGUAUAACGCAUUUCAAGUUUAAAUUCGAGGUAAAUGUGUCUCGAAGAGUUCAAGGUUCUAUUUCGUCAGGCACUUUCCAAACUUUCAGUUUUUAUGUACACAUCCGAUUGUCUAUAAGAAUACCGAGAAGAAAAACGAUCCAUAUGGUGUUUUUUAUGUUUAAUUACACGAGAUUGUUAAUUGAUCAAUGCAACUAAGAAUAACAAAACUAUAUGCACAAGAUAGAGUGUAUUGACAUUGGAUUAUCCUUUAGUAAAGGAUCAUUUAUAAAGGUGGUAUGAAAAUGAAGAUUCCAAGCAGUGGCUCUGGCAACGGAUACUACGGCCACGAGAAUAGUGUGAUAACAUACUUUGAUACUACCCUUGACACGGAAACUGAUGUGCAAGGGGCUAGUGAUGGAGAUUUUUCUGAAUAUCUUUGGAUGGAAAAUGAAGAAGAAUUUGAUAAACAGGUAUUACAACAAUUAGAAGAGGAAGAACUAAUGGAAGAAUGUCUUGAGGCGAUGUUAGAAGAAGAAAGACAACAUGAGAGAAACAUAAAUUCAACUGCCUGGUCAACUGCCACUAGUAUUCCAUACAAUAAUGGUGCUGAACUUUGUCAACAACUUAGUGACUUGAGAAUGCAUGAUGAUCUUGCAAAACAGAGUACAUUAAAUCCAGAUGCAGCUGAAUUUAUACCAGCAUUCAAGGCAACAGUGACGUCUGUAAGUACACCACCAGAAGUCACUGCUGAAUCAUCGUAGAGGGCCUACUUCUUUUUGUUUAAAACACUUAAAAUGAAGCUACUAUCGUAGCUAAAUUUUGCCAUCCUUGGUCAGGCAGUCGUAUUAACAAAAUCUAAUUAGGAACUAAAUGAUUGUGGCUAUACUUAAAACAGUAUGAAAUAAUAUGACAGUGGGUAGUAUGCGACAUUGUUAUUUAAUGUCGAAAAUUAGUAAGAUCAGUUGUAUAAUUACUGAUAGAUGCUGUACAUUACUCACAUCUUUAUGGACAAAAUAAUAUUAUACUAUAUUAUGGCCAUUUAAUUUUGUGCCGGAUCUGUGUUGACAGAAUUAAUAGCUACAUACAUAAGUUACUGAUUGCAUAAAUUUAUGUAGGUUACAUCCCUUUCAUUAUAUUUCUUCUCGAAUAUCAUUUCUUGCAUUCUUUACUGACAUUUUAUUGAAUAUAUUGCAAUGAUAUAUUAAAUCUGCUUCAAACUUAUAAGUGAUAAUUAUUUGAGUGCAUGGAAGAUACAUUAAACAUAUAAGAUUUUAUUAAUACCUUUAAAAACAAAAAAAAA